AUGCCUGGUCUGGAAGCGGUGGUGGCGCGCCUGCUGUGGCUCACCCGCCAGGACCCCACCAACCGCGUACUUGUCUUCUCCACCUGGAAAGAUGUGUUGGAUGUUGUGUCCCACGCGCUGGGCGCCAACGGCCUGCCCCACCUCUAUCCCAAGUCGGGCAAGAAGUUUGAGGCCGCCGUAGCCGACUUCCGCAGCGGGCACCAGGCGGCCAUGGCCGCAGCCGCAGAGCCCGGGCCCAGCAAGCGCCCCGCGCGAGCGCCCCAGCAGCGCCAGCCGCAGGUGCUGCUGCUGCUGGUGAAGCAGGGCGCCAAUGGGCUGAACCUCACUGAGGCUCAGCACGUGGUGCUGGUGGAGCCUCAGCUGGAUCCCGCGGUGGAGGCGCAGGCGGUGGGCAGGGUGGACCGCAUCGGCCAGCUGCGCGCCACGCACGUGCACAGGUUUGUGGUGGAGAAGACGGUGGAGGAGAAUGUGCACCGGCUGUGCCAGCGUCGCGCAGCAGCCAUGGACCUCUCGGCGGCCUCGGUGAAGCAUGCCAGCGGGGGCAAGGAGCAUGGCGCGCUGACUGUGCGUGACGUGGCACAGCUGCUGCGCCAGCCCGAGCAGGAGGAAACUGAGGAGGUUGAGGACGGAGGAGGCCAGGAGAGAGGCAGCGGGGAGGCUGGUGGCGCGCUGGUCAGCCCCGGGCAGCGUGCGGCGGCGGCGGCGGCGGCACGCUCGGCCGCUGCUGCCGCACCUGCUGCCGCCUGA